AUGGCCGACACAACCGCAACCCCACGCAGCAGACCAACAAGCAUGUCAUCCCAAAAAUCCGCAUCUCCCGUCAAUCACAAUGUGACUUCCAGUCGAGAUAAUCUCGCAUACAUAUCGGAUGUGUUAAAAGUAGCAGGCGGAUUUUCCGAAACGGUUGACGAUGGAUAUUUAGUCGAAAAUAUUCCUGGUGCACUUCGAGAUGCUGGAAAGGUUUGGAGAGAUUUUUAUAAUGGAAACAUUGAGAGUGAUGAUCCGUUUGCUUGGCCAGUGCAUGCUUUACUGGCGGAAGUAGAAGCUAUUGAUUUUGGCUGGGAAUCCUUUGCAGAAUCUAGAGAUGAAGCGGUUGCAAAUAUCAAGGAACAAGUAGAAUCAUCGCGCUUGGUAUUUCAGAACGAAUUGGAUAGACUGAGAGAAGUACAAGCAAAGAACAGAAACGGCACGUCGUGGAAAAGACUGGGAAAAAUAUUAUUGUUAGAUGAUCCUUAUGAGUCGAGAGCACAUUUCGACGCAAAGAAUUUCGCGAAUAUCACGGGUAAUAUCCAGAAUUACAUAUCCACAUGGCGGGCAACUUCAAUCCCGCAAUUGAGCUACAGACUUACAUCUACGAAAAGAGGACCCACUGGAGGAUUACCCGGCAAAAUGAAUGAAGUUCGCGAAAAAUGGCCAAUGAAGAGCGUUUGGAGAUUUGAAAGUGCGCCGGUAGAUGAACUGGAAGAGGUGAGGGAAAAAGCCAUCAAUAUUUUGAAAAGGGCGGAUACAAUGUAUGGGGGAUUUUUAUCUGCGAUUCAUUUAUUGGAUUUGGCUGCGGAGACGCAAAAGUGGAACGGUUUUGGGGAGGAGCAUUUGGUAGAGUUGUUGGAUGUGUUUGAGAAAACGAUUCGGAGGUUCCAAGAGGCGGAGUGGAAUGUUCGGGAGAAGCAGCUUACUCGGAAUUCUUAG